AUGGCGUCGUCACCACCGCCUUCUCCGCCGUCGUCAAAAGCCCCCACGGUCAUCGUGUCUCCUCCAACUGCAGCUACAACGCCGGUCGGCGUUAAACAGAAACAACCUCCCGCAGACGAUACUGCUGCCUCAACACCACCGGACGACGACCCAAUCCCCAUCCAUCGUGCCAAACGCGCCAUCGAAUCCACCGCCGCGUACAAUUUCCUCCGCCAAUUCCGCCGCCAUGUCUCCCCGUCCGGCCACCACCCUACCUCCGCGCCGCCGCCCCAGGCAGACCAAAACUCAACCUCGAAAACCAACUCGUCCUCUCCUUCCGACGUCCUCUCGAACUCGAGCUCUCCGACCUUGACUGCCUCUAGCGCGGAUGGCAAUCAUCCGUCGUCCCACAGAGACGAUGCGUCAUCCCUGCCCUCGCUGAGCUCCUCCCCUGAAACAGUCAGUGGAACCCCGGAAAUGAACCCAUGCGCGGUGUCUGUGGCCAAACUGAAAAACGGGGCCAAUAAUGAUAUAAACUCGCCUCGUUUUCAUGUGUAG